AUGGAAAAGGCAAAGUUUUUCGGGAAAGUGUUCAGCUAUGUAUUGAGAGGUGGUUGUGCUGUCCAUGUUUUGCAGUCACAUUUUUAUGAGUUCACAGAGACUAGAGGUGAAUCAAUGUUACCUACAUUAGCAGCUAGUAAUGAUUAUGUGUAUACAUCUAAAAGAUACAAAUUGGGACGUGGUGUUGAAAUUGGUGAUUGCAUUGUUGCCUUAAAACCAACUGAUCCUGAUCAAAGAGUUUGUAAAAGAAUCACUGGAAUGCCUGGUGAUAUAAUUUUGAUUGAUCCAAGUAUGGAAAACAAGAAAGAUGACAAAUCUAAGUUUGAUGUGGACAAUAAAGAAAGCUUCAACAAGUUUAUAAAGGUGCCUGAAGGUCAUUGCUGGGUCACAGGGGAUAAUUUAGCACAUUCUUUGGACUCAAGAACAUAUAAUUCCUUACCAUUGGGUUUAAUAAAAGGGAAAAUAAUUGCAGCAAAUGAUUUUAAUCAACCAUUUUGGGGUGGUGAAAGAGGUAACUUUUGGGGAUUUAGAAAAGUGUCAAAUAAUUAUAUUGAUGAUGAAUUAGAAGAAACAAUUGUACCAACUAUUGCUUCAUGA